UUUAAGCACAGGGAGAUGUUUCAGCAUAAUUUAAUUGAAUUGAAUUGACUUAAACCUUUCCUUUUAUAGUCAGAUCUGGCAACACAAACAGGGGCGGAGAUGUUUAACUAGAUACUAUCCUCCUCUUUUAUCGUUUUUUCUCGUAGUGCAGCUUUAAGCAAUUUACUUUGAUAGGUCGACAUUGCAAGCAUUAAACUUCUUGAUAACCUUCCUGUGAAACUUUAUAUAGAAACGUUACUCUUUAGUGUAGUUUGAGUGCGGAGCUCCAUCUGCUAGCUCAUUAGCUCGUCAUGCUAGCUCGCAGUGAUAAACUACAGCGUUCAGACGCAGUGACGCUGAACUAACAGCUUUUACCUGUUCAUAAGGUAAAAGUCACGAACCAAGGAUUGGAGCGGACGAGCCAGACGCCUAAAGGAUGUGUGAGGAGCCGGGCAGUUACAAUGCCGUGGGCUCGUUUCCCAAAACUUUCGGCUACGAGGAGUCCGACAUGGAGGAGAGCUGCUCCUCGGAUGAAAAGCCCAGGAUCCUGCUGAUGGGUCUGAGGCGCAGCGGGAAGUCAUCCAUACAGAAGGUUGUGUUUCACAAGAUGUCGCCCAAUGAGACUUUAUUCCUCGAGAGCACCAACAAAAUAUACAAGGACGACAUCUCCAGCAGCUCCUUUGUCAACUUCCAGAUCUGGGACUUCCCUGGACAGGUGGACUUCUUCGACCCGACGUUUGACAGUGAGAUGAUCUUCAGUGGAACUGGAGCUUUGAUUUUUGUCAUUGACGCUCAGGACGACUACGUGGAGGCUCUCGGGCGGUUACACCUGACCGUGUCCAGGGCCUACAAAGUGAAUCCACACAUCAACUUUGCAGUGUUCAUCCAUAAAGUGGACGGUCUGUCGGACGACCACAAGAUAGAAACACAAAGAGACAUUCAUCAGAGGGCCAACGACGAUCUGACCGAUGCCAACCUGGAGAAGGUUCACCUCAGCUUCUACUUGACCAGUAUCUACGACCACUCCAUAUUCGAGGCCUUCAGUAAAGUCGUCCAGAAGCUCAUUCCCCAGUUACCGACGCUGGAGAACCUUUUAAACAUUUUCAUAUCGCAUUCUGGGAUUGAGAAGGCCUUCCUGUUUGACGUCGUUAGUAAGAUUUACAUUGCCACCGACAGCUCUCCUGUGGACAUGCAGUCCUACGAGCUCUGCUGUGAUAUGAUCGAUGUGGUCAUUGAUGUCUCCUGCAUUUACGGGCUCGCCGAGGAUGGCAGUGGCUGUGCCUAUGACAAGGAGUCUUUGGCUAUCAUCAAGCUCAACAACACUACUGUGCUUUAUUUGAAAGAGGUCACCAAGUUCCUCGCUCUCGUCUGCAUCCUCAGGGAGGAGAGCUUUGAGAGGAAAGGUUUGAUAGAGUACAACUUUCACUGUUUUCGAAAAGCCAUCCAUGAAGUGUUUGAGGUGGGCUGCUCUCUACCAGGCGCCGUGUGGAGGCCGGCGAGUCCAGCCAGCAGCAGCUUGACUGGUUUCAAAUAUCCCGCUCUGAACGGUGUGAGAGUUUAACUGAAGCACGGACAUGAGGAGGAUUUGUGCUGCGAAAUGUGACCAAGAACUGAGCCUUCACAGUUUCAGGCAAUGAGCCUUUGGACUUAAUUCUUAAGAAGGACAAAAUGACAGAAAAGUGUCUAAUGUACCGUUCUUUGAUUUCUUUUCAUUAUCUGUGUGCAAACAUCACAUAAAAAUACUAUUCAAACUGCAAGUCAUGCCGAUAAACUGUUCAACAGUUUUCACUGAAUCAACAACCUGCUUUUCACGUCCCACCACAGUCUAAACGUCUUUCAUAUUCCUGAAUUAUCGCGUGCUUCGAGCGGCUUUAAUCCCCAGCUAUGGACGAGUGGGGCUCGUGUUUGCUCUCUGCUCAGCUUUCUGUUGAUAAUGACUCACGCAGCCAGCGACUGGCGCUCGGCUCGGACCAGAACCGUGCCAGUUACCCCAUUAGCUGCGACAGCGUGUUGGUGUGAACGGGGUCUGAAUGUAACUGAUGAAGUUUGUAACCCUGCUACUUAAUGAAGCCUGAUGAGCGUUAAGGCCAAAUACUAUAUAUAAUGUUAUGCCAACAUUUAGAUUUUUUGAAUAUAUAAUUCUUUAAUAAAUAUUUUUUUCAUA